UAUCAGGUCUGACCACCAGAUGGGGCUGAUCGCCCCUCCCCUGUCCACCGCUGGGGGGCGCUGCCUCCCCGGUCCUCCUCGGGGGUCUGAUGGCAGGAUGGCGGAGGCAGGGGGACUGGAGUCUAUCGCGUCCCGGUGCCUAGACGAGUCGUCGGACAGCGAGCCGGAGCAGGAGCCUGGAUCUCCGCAGAAACUCAUCCGAAAAGUGUCCACUUCCGGCCAGAUCCGCAGCAAGACGGUGCUGAAGGAAGGAAACCUGCUGAAACAGACCAACUCGUUCCAGCGCUGGAAGAGACGCUACUUCAAACUGAGAGGGAGGACGCUGUACUACGCCCAGACUGACAAGUCCAUCAUCUUUGACGAGGUGGACCUAUCAGACGCCAGCGUGGCCGAGUCCAGCACCAAGAACGUCAACAACAGCUUCACCGUCAUCACCCCCUGCAGACGUCUCAUCCUGUGUGCUGACAACAGGAAGGAGAUGGAGGAGUGGAUGGCUGCUCUACGCUGCAUCCAGAACAGACACAACUAUGAGUCCACCCAGUACAGCAUGGACCACUUCAGUGGGACACACAACUGGUACGCCUGUUCUCACGCCAGACCGACCUACUGCAACGUCUGCAGGGAGGCACUUUCUGGGGUCACGUCCCACGGCCUGUCCUGUGAAGUGUGUAAGUUUAAGGCUCAUAAGCGCUGUGCAGUACGAGCCACCAACAACUGUAAAUGGACGACGCUGGCUUCUAUCGGGAAGGACAUCAUCGAGGACGAGGACGGGGUGUCCAUGCCCCACCAGUGGCUGGAGGGGAACCUGCCUGUUUCUGCUAAGUGUAACGUCUGUGAUAAAACGUGUGGCAGCGUCCUCCGCCUGCAGGACUGGAGGUGCCUCUGGUGUAAAGCCAUGGUGCACUCAGGCUGUAAGGAGCAGCUGUCCUCUAAAUGUCCUCUGGGUCAGUGUAAGGUCUCAGUCAUCCCUCCUACAGCUCUCAACAGCAUAGACUCUGAUGGGUUCUGGAAGGCCUCCUGUCCCCCCUCCUGUACCAGUCCUCUGCUGGUCUUCGUGAACUCUAAGAGCGGAGACAAUCAGGGAGUCAAGUUCCUCCGCCGCUUCAAACAGCUGCUGAACCCAGCUCAGGUGUUCGACCUGAUGAACGGAGGGCCACACCUGGGGCUGCGUCUGUUCCAGAAGUUUGAUACGUUCAGGAUCCUGGUGUGUGGAGGAGACGGCAGCGUCGGCUGGGUUCUUUCUGACAUAGACACUCUCACACUGCACAAACAGUGCCAGCUGGGAGUUCUCCCUCUGGGGACGGGGAACGAUCUGGCCCGGGUUCUGGGCUGGGGGGCGGCCUGCGACGACGACACACAGCUGCCCCAGAUCCUGGAGAAACUGGAGAGAGCCAGCACCAAGAUGUUAGACAGGUGGAGUAUUAUGGUCUAUGAGACAAAGUUUCCACGGCAACGUUCUGCGUCCUCCAUCACCGAGGAUUGCAGCGAGGACUCUGAGGUUCAGGAGAUUCUGACCUAUGAGGACUCGGUUGCUGCUCACCUGUCCAAGAUCCUGACAUCAGACCAGCACUCUGUCGUCAUCUCCUCAGCCAAGGUCCUGUGUGAGACGGUGAAGGACUUUGUGGCCCGUGUGGGUAAAGCGUACGAGAAGAACACGGAGAGUUCAGAGGAGUCAGAGAGCAUGGCCAAGAAGUGCUGUGUGCUGAAGGAGAAGCUGGACUCUCUCCUCCAGACUCUGAACCAGGAGUCUCAGGCCUCCACGCUGCCGGCUCCCCCCCCCACUAUCGCCGAGGAGCAGGAGGAGGCCGAGGGGGUCGCCAUGCCAACCCUUCCUCCUCCUCUCCAUCAUCAUCAUCAUCACCAUCAUCAUCAUCAUCAUCAUCCCCCGCCACGGAGCAACGCUGCUGCCUCCGCAGCCGCCAUCUUCAAACCCAGAGAGCAGCUGAUGCUGAGAGCCAACAGCCUGAAGAAAGCCAUCAGACAGAUCAUCGAACACACAGAGAGAGCGGUAGAUGAGCAGAAUGCUCAGACCCAGCAGCAGCAGCUGUUCUCUCUGAGCGGCGCUGAGGAAGACGAGGGUCUGCCGGAGGAGGAAGAGGAGGAGGACAAGGUCUCUCUGCAGUCAUCCUACAGCGCCAAGCAACGCAGCACACGCAGAGUCAGUAAGACGCCGUGUGAGAAGCUGAUCAGUAAAGGCGGCCUGUCACUGGGCAGCUCUGCGUCACUUCCUCUCCAGACAGGAAGUAGGGAGAACAUGCCCAUGCUGAACACAAAGAUCCUCUAUCCAGCUCUUAGAGGUUUCUCAGCUUCUCUCUCCAGUAGUUCUGUCAUCAGUCGACUAUUGGUCAACGCCGACCCGUUCAGCUGUGACCCCGACAACAUGGACUGCUACACUGAGAAGUGUGUGAUGAACAACUACUUUGGAAUAGGACUGGAUGCUAAAAUCUCUCUGGACUUCAACAACAAGAGAGACGAACACCCAGAAAAGUGCAGGAGUCGGACGAAGAACAUGAUGUGGUACGGAGUCCUGGGAACCAAAGAGCUGCUGCACAGAACCUACAAGAACCUGGAGCAGAAGGUCCUGCUGGAGUGUGAUGGGCGUCCGAUCCCUCUCCCCAGUCUGCAAGGCAUCGCUGUGUUGAACAUCCCGAGUUACGCAGGAGGAACCAACUUCUGGGGAGGAACCAAAGAGGACGAUACGUUCACAGCUCCGUCCUUCGAUGAUAAGAUCCUGGAGGUGGUGGCAGUGUUCGGCAGCAUGCAGAUGGCUGUGUCCCGAGUCAUCAACCUGCAACACCAUCGCAUCGCACAGUGUCGGACCGUGAAGAUCACUAUCCUGGGUGAUGAAGGCGUCCCGGUGCAGGUGGACGGGGAGGCGUGGCUCCAGCCUCCAGGUUACAUCAAGAUCAUCCACAAGAACCGGACCCAGACCCUGACCAGGGACAGGGCGUUCGAGAGCACCCUGAAGUCCUGGGAGGACAAACAGAAGUGUGAGUUUGUCCGGACGCCCCCCCCACAGCCCGCCCCGUCCUCACAGCCGGAGAUCGUCUCCGAGGAAGAGACGGCGCUCGUCAGCGAGUUGGGACAGGCAGCCGGAGCUCUCAUACACAGUAUCCGGGAGGUGGCCCAGUCUCAUCACAGUCUGGAACAGGAACUGGCUCACGCCGUCAACGCCAGCUCCAAGGCCAUGGACGUGGUCUACGCCAAGUCCAACACCUCCGGGGCCCUGAGCUGCAGUCUGGUCCUUCAGAUGGUCAGUAACGUCAAAGCUUUACUCAGUGAGACUGAACUGCUGCUGGCUGGGAAGAUGUCCAUGCAGCUGGAUCUUCCUCAGCAGGAACAGUUGAAUGCAGCUCUGAGUUCGGUGUCUCAGCAGCUCCGACGACUCGCUGACGUUCCCUGGCUCAGUCCCAUCAUCGACGAGGGUCCUCUGACAGAUUUUUCCAAACGCAGUCGGAGCGCAAAGUUUCGUCUCGUCCCGAAGUUCAAAAAAGACAAAAACAACAAAAACAGAGAGACCUGCGCUACUCUGUCUCUGCCAGUUCACCAGUGGGGGACGGAGGAGGUGGGGGCGUGGCUGGACUUCCUGUGUCUCUCUGAGUAUAAAGACAUCUUUAUUGGACACGACGUCCGCGGAGCCGAACUCAUCCACCUGGAGAGGAGGGACCUGAAGGAUCUGGGUGUAACUAAGGUAGGUCACAUGAAGAGGAUCCUUCAGGGAAUCAGAGAGAUCAACAGGAACAGCAGCGCCAGCGAGGCCUGAAGCCGUCAGGUGCAGCGAUGUGAUAACGGACGUUUCCUCUGACCCUGAACACAGCCACACGCUGUGACAUCACAUCUGACGCCCGCUGUGAUUGGACCAAUCACAGUACCCGCUAGUGCCUUGUCAUCUCACCCGGGAGGCGGAGAGGGCGGGGCCUAACAUGGAUCCACUGCCACCAGAGACUUUAAAAACUUUAUUGACAUUUGAUCUUCAGACCCAGACAGAGUUCAGACUCUCUCUCUGUUUGAGGACGUGUUAACAUUCUGACUUUGGUUUCAUUUCUUUAUAAUCUGUAGAUUCUCUUUCUGUCUUUAUCAGCGACCGCAACAACCUCGACAAAAACUGUUUUUUUAUUACCCUUUUCACACUUUUCUGGCGCUUUUUUGAACGGUUUUUAAUGUUUUUUAACCCUUUUCUGCUUUUUUUUAACCCCU